AUGGACGGCCUUGGGCCAUUGGUCCGCAUCGCCUCCUUUUUCACCGCCCCUGCUGCUGUUACUUCAGGUGCCGCUCUGUGUUGCAACAUCGACAUCCGUAAAAGCGCCGGUAAAAGAGUUGGCAGCACCUGUGUUGACGGCGGUGCAUCUGGCUUUGUCACGAAUACCCAAAUUCGUGGCAUUGUGUCCUUCAAGGCAUCAACAAGCUGUGGAGUUGACACUGUCGGCGGCCUCGGCUCCAAUCAUUCAAUCGCACACGCCGGCUUUUGUAAGGCUAGUUACCUAAUCAAGCCAUAUGUAGGAUUGGUCGGUGAUUUUAGAAGCUGUCUCUUACCAAGGAGUGGCAUCAUGUCAACGUGCUAG